AUGGAGUCGUUCAGACGGGUACAAGGACUGGGUCAGGCGGUUAAUGGACUGGUUCAGACGGGUUAUAGGACUGGUGAGGCGGUUAAUGGAGUCGUUCAGACGGAUUUCAGCGUUGAGAUACAUAAAGACGGCUACUACAUCGUUAACGUCGGGGGCCAACCAUGGUUAAAUAGAGCUUCUACCUUCUUCAUAACUGAUGGGCGACCUUUUUCUACAUUUGACGAUACCCUCUCCCUGACACAGACCACCCAGGAGACGGGCCUCGACAAUCUCGGUAAAUGGAACUCGACAAACUUCCAUUACCAGGCUGGAUCAGCACAAAUUAUCGCUAGUGUCCGUCAGUACGUCGAUCCGCCCAGACCUAUGGCAGUGUUUUCCCAGCGUUACGUCAAUGGAGCCAAUAUGACGGAGGCACUCAACGAUAAUUCUGUCAUCGGGGGAUUCCCCAGCUUCAAGCUUGAAGGCAUGCCGGGAAAUCUUGGCUACCUGUCGUAUGGGGGUGAAAUGUUUGGAGACGAAAACAAAAGAAUGGGGUCAUGGAAUCUUCUCACAAAGGACAUCCAAGACGGACUUGCUGGCGGUCCACUCUCCGUCUUUGAUCAAAGAGGAAACGCCGUCGUAAUUUCACCUUUCAACCAAUUUAUGGCAGCGUCUGUUUGGCACGAAGGAAUAGUAGGUGGCGCUGUUCACUGGGGCAUCAUGGGAGGUAUUAACUCUGUUCCGGCUGGAUUUGUGUACGAGACAAUAAUCUUCUUCAGCGACCAAGGCAUAAAUAAGGCAUUCGAAGGAUGGGGGGAAGUGCUGAAGACACAGUACAAUAAGGAGGGAGUAUAUCGCCAUUCCGAUCUGACUCUGAACUACAUGGGAUACUGGACGGACGGAGGUGCAUACUAUUAUUACAACACAGAAAAAAACAAAACGUACGAGGAGACCAUACUUGACGUGAAAACCUACACGGACAGUCUCAACCUCCCCUUCAGGUAUGUUCAGUACGACUCCUGGUGGUACUACAAGGGUCCGGCCGGUGGAGAUAUACUGUGGGAACCCAUGGCUGACGUUUUUCCGCACGGAUUACAGUCAAGCUUGACCAAAUACGCCAAACAAAAUGGCGGGCAAUUCCAGUUCACUGUGGAGACUCUCAAGUCAGUUCCUGUAGAAGAGGCAUUUUGGGAUUAUCUCUUCACGCGUGCACGAGAGUGGGGAUUGAUUUUGUACGAACAGGAUUGGUUGCACAACGAAUUUGAAGGUUUAGAGGCGAUGCUCACCGACCUUGACCUUGGAAGGCUGUGGCUCUUACAGAUGGGAAACGCCGCGAGAAAACACGGGAUUUCCAUCCUUUACUGCAUGUCUUAUCCUCGACAGGCAUUGCAAACUCUAGAGAUACCCGCUGUGACCAUGGCUCGUGUCAGCGACGAUUACAGACCUGGGAAUGGACAAUGGAAGAUCGGGAUAUCUUCCAUAUUUGCCGAAGCCGUCAACAUUGCGCCAUUUAAAGAUACCUUCUGGACAACGACGAAUCAACCCGGAAGUCCAUAUGGUAUGUCGGAGCCAUUCCCCGCCCUGCAGGCUGUGGUCACCACCCUAAGUACGGGGCCAGUAGGACCUAGUGACAUGAUUGGGGGCACUAACAAGUCCCUUCUCAUGAGAUGUUGUAAUGAAGACGGACUCAUUCUCAAACCCUCUAAACCAGCAAGGGCGAUUAACAGUCAGAUUAUUCAGGCGGCUUUUGGUGGUGAUAUUGGACCGGAAGGAGAAGUGUGGUCCACAUACUCCAUUGUUUCCGGUUUGUUUUUUGGGAUAAUUCUUGCAGCAGAUCUUCAAAGGCCAUUUUCUAUUACACCGGAAGCAGCAGGAUUUCGAAAUCAGAACAUGACGACAAUGAUUUAUUCGCAUCGGGAAUAUGACCACGUGAUGCCUUUCAACCAAUCAUCACCUUAUCUACUUAAAAACUGCUCGACGGUGGAGUUCUGCUUGCUGUAUACAUCACCUGUUCUGAAAGUUGGAAAAUCGCAAGUGGUAAUUCUCGGUGAAAUCAGCAAAUGGGUCCCUGUGUCGUCACAGCGCUUGCUCGAUGUGUCAUACGGCUCUGAUAUUACGGUUACAGUAAAGGGGUCAACCGAUGAAGAUGUGACUUUGUUUUUCUUGGUCGAUGAACACGUAGCAUCGAUAACCUGUAGGAUUGGAGCGAGUGGUGCUCUCCACUCGCUUUUCCUUGGCCCUAGUGGAGGUAUAGUGGCCACUGACGUGUCAUUCCAUUGGCCACCGUUGUAG